AUGAAAACCAACAACUUUAGCAGCCCGGCGGCCUUUGCGCUGCUGCUGCUCAGCGAACUGCUGAGCGGUGUGCGGAGCACGCGCCUACCGCUCGAGGUUUACGAACUGACGCCAAAACAGGCAGCGGCGAUGGCACUAAAGCACAAAAGCUUGGAGUAUACCAUUUAUGAUGCCAAAGAGUUGGCGGCAGGUGCACUGCCAACAACAACAGCAACAACAAAAGUAUUGCCAAUAACAACAACAACAACAGGCGCGCCUUCGUCGAAACCGACAGAGGAGCUAACCGUAGUUAGCAUGUCCGCCGAAGAGGGCGCCGCGGAGGGACGUCGUUCGCGUCAAAUGUUGCAGCAACAUCAGCAACAGCAACAUCGUUUUGGCGGCUACUAUGCAGUGGGCGAUAACAGAAACCUGAACAACAACAACAAGCAUGUUGGGCAUGUUGGCAAGGAUUUGCGCAUUCUCUACCAAGUGGGGGAGUCUGAAGAUGAUCUGCCUAUUUGCGCGCCCAAUGCGGUCUGCUCUAAAAUUGAUCUUUAUGAAACGCCUUGGAUCGAGCGUCAGUGUCGCUGUCCUGAGUCCAAUCGGCUACCCAACAAUAUCAUACUCCAUCAUCACACGCACAGCGUCCACUCAGAGCCGACGACGGGGGUGGAGGGUCAGAAGUAUCGCAGUUACUAUGAAAAGGAGAAGUCCUUGCAACACAAGCGUCUACUCUUGGGAGAAUUUAAUGACAAGAAAUUCGAGAGCCUGCACCUAAAGAAGCUGAUGCAGAAGUGGGGCGCUGUGUAUGAGGACGAUUUGCAUUUGCGCUCCACGGACUAUUUGGAGCAAGACUACAACGAUGCAUUACCAGCACCAGCUUACGAUGAGAAUGCAGCGGAUAAUGAGUUUCCCCAUGCACCUCGUCGCGAGUUCGGAGGGACAGCCCAUAUGCGGCAUUCUGGCCAUCGUGGCCAGAAGGAACCCCUCACCUUUAUAGGCGGUUGUCCCAGCAGCUUGGGCGUAGAGGAUGGUCACACCAUAGUAGACAAGACCAGGCACUAUAAAUUGUGCCAGCCCGUGCACAAGCUCCCUGUUUGCAAACACUUUCGCGACUUUACCUGGACCCUAACUAUGUCGAUGGAACUGAAUGUUACGGAACAGGUUGUGCACUGUCGUUGCCCUAAGAACUCGGUCACAUAUCUGACCAAACGCGAGUCUGCCGAAGAUGGCAGUCAAGGCUAUCGAUAUUUGUUUGCGUGUUCACCUCUGACGCGCCUGCGUUGCCAACGCAAGCAACCCUGCAAGCUCUUCACGGUGCGGAAGCGUCAAGAGUUCCUAGACGAGGUAAACAUCAAUUCACUCUGUCAGUGUCCCAAGGGUCAUCGCUGUCCCAGUCAUCACACACAGUCGAGCGUCAUUGCGGGCGAGAGUUUCCUGGAGGACAACAUACAAACCUACUCUGGCUAUUGUAUGGCCAAUGAUUAAGCUAAGCGGCAUUCCCCUAAAUACUCCCUCUUUUAACUUUCCCCCGUAGUUUAGGAGUGUAAAAAGAAAGCAGGCAGUUCGCUGCUAGCAGCAACAAUUAUUUAUCGAAUCGCAUACAUAUG